AUGCGGCGCACAUUUCGAUUGAUUUUCUUCUUCUACUACUAUUGCUGCUGUUGCUGUUGGCUCGUCAUCUUGUUGCCAACUUUCUGCCACACACAACCCAGCUGCCAAACACCCGACAAAAACGUUGGCCAAUGUGUGCACUUUAGCGCUUGCCGUUUUGUACUGCGCCAAUAUGCCAUGUACAAGGAACACAUGCCGCCUCACAUAAUGCGCUUUCUGCAAAGAUCACGCUGCAGGCCCAAAGUUGAUGGCUAUCAUUUGUGCUGCGAACUAAAAGAUGUGAUUCCUGCGAAUGCCAACUCAAAGCUGAAAUGA